AUGUAUGACUCUGAUUAUACAUUAUUAAGAAUGACUCGAUUUUGGACUUACUUCGGUAUGUGGAGUUGUGGUGUGUAUUUCUUUAUUAAUUUCUUAAGACAACUUUCAUUAUUGUUGUUAAGUGAAGUAACUGUAAAAAGUAAUAAAGAAUUUCUUCGUCAAAAAGAUAUUCGUCUUAUACAUUUUGUAGUUGAGUUUAUUCAACAAACAGCAGUUUCUAUUGCGAUAAGUGUAUCUCUGAUGUUUUGGAUUCUUUAUUUUAAAUCUCCAUCAACAGUUUUUAGGGCAACAGAUGAAUGGCAACCAACCUUAUUUGAAGAAUGGUAUUAUACACAUUUUGAACACACAUUCCCAUUAAUAUUUUUAUUGAUUGAUUGUUUCUUCUUCAAACAAGGAAAUACUAGAGUGCACAAAAUUUAUUUUAUUAGUAAAUAUGGACCAUAUUCUGCUUUUUUACUCUAUUCUUCAAUUACUCUUUAUGACUUCCAUUAUUAUAAUAUUAAACCAUAUCCUUUUAUGGACAAUUGGAAUAUUUAUGCCUUACUUUCCUUUAUAAUGGGAUUUCUCAUUAUAUUCAAAUUAAUAUUUAAUCCAUGUGCAUUGUUAAUACGUUAUUAUCUUAAAUUAUUGUCAAAUAAAUUAUUUAACUUUCUUUAUCAAAGAAUAAAUUGA